CACUUCAUUCCUUUGGCCACACCAAUUAUUUCACAAUAUGGGUGUGUUUAAUAUCUUCGGAAAAGGUCAGGAGUUUGACCCUAAGCAAUUCGAGAAAGACUUGACUGCCAUUGUGGAAAAAAUUACCAGUACUAACCAACAAAUAUCGGGGCUACGGUCUAGAGACAAGUCUAUUAAACGAGCGCUAAUUCAAUACUUGACUAUCUUGUAUGUGCUUGUAUGCACCUACACUUACACCAGAAUACCCUAUAAUACCGUAGGACGGAACAUCAUAGCGAGGUUUAUUAGCGGACAAACCCCAAACCAAUUGUUGGUAACGGUGGCGUAUCCUGUGGUGGCAAUAUUUUUUGUCAAAUUAAUUCACUAUUGCUUCCAAUGGUUAAUAAAUGGGAGAACACGCAAAUUGGAAGCACUUAAGAAGAAACAUAAGGAUAAGAUUGAGGAAUUAAAGAAAAUCUCUAAUUUUAACACAACUAGUGAAUUGAUUAACAAAUACGACAAACCAACACAGCCACAGCAACAACCGCAGCAUCCACAAGCUCAACAACAGCUGCAAAAGAGCGAAAAAGCUCAGCCUAGCCGCAAUACAAGGCCAAUGUCACCACUUGAGAAGCAAGCUUUAAAGGAAUUAAAUCUCAAACAAGCACCACCUUCUUUGGAUCAGUUGCAACCGCCAAAGAGAAACUUACAAGAUAGACUAUUGGAUAUACUUAUAGGAUCAGACAAUAAUGAGUCAAUUGAGAAUAGGUAUGCAUUGAUUUGCUAUAAUUGCUAUACCCAUAACGGAUUGGCUCCUCCAAAUACAACCGAUCCUAUCCUUGUCAAGUACCAAUGUUGGAAAUGUGGGGUCAUGAAUGGACAGGACAUGCUUCUCCAUGAAAUGAGCAAGCUAGACCAACAAAAGAGUAAAGAAGAUCUACCAGAAGCGCAAGAGGAGAAGGAGGAGGAGGGGGAGGAUGAUGAUGAUGCUAAUGAGGACGACUCUAAAACUGCUACAACUCCAGAGUCGCUGGUUGAAUCUAAAGAGGAAAUACCAGCCGAGUCAAAUUGAUUGCUAGUUUGUGUAUAGUUUGUAAAUUUAAAUAAAUGUUCGGGUUAUC